AUGAUAGGUACGACUCACCCAGGAGGAGGUCUGCCUACCGCUCUCCCCCACGGAGAUAUCGCCGAAGCCCUUCUCGGGUCCACUACCCAUCUUCUGGCCGUCGCUCAUCUUCUUUCGACAGCGAAGUGGAUCGCGGACGUUACCGUCGACGUUCUCGUGACCGUAGACGCUCCUUUUCAUCAGGCUACGACUCACCUCGAUAUCGACACCGCUCCUCUCGCGGCGGCUCCCCGAGUCGGUACUACUCCUCUCGCGGUGGUUCCCCAAGCCGGUACUACUCGUCGAGAGGUGGUUCUCCAAGGAGAGGAGAGCGUCGAUACAGGGUAUCACGGUCGCGCUCUGUUUCUACUGAGCGUCCGACUAUCCGACGGCAGUCACCCACGCCUUUGCCUCACAGCCGAAGAGGAAGUCCCAUCAGAUCCGUCAGAGACCUCUGUCUACGAGCGUCCUACCUCUGCCUAUGACCGUCCCACCUCUGCCUACGAUCGUGCUCGACCUGCCGAUGAAGGACGACGGUCCCCCAUUGUCAUCCAAGUCCCUCGGAGUGAACGGGCCUCUCCCCCACCUUCCCGACCCGCCACCACUUACGAAGACCGUUCACGCACUCCUUCCGCCGUCUCCACUCAUUACCCUCCCACUGCUGCGCCCUCUGAGGCUGCUCUCCCUGUUCGCCCUCCAGUCGGCACUCGCCCUGUCACCCCGGCUGAGGCUCCCAUCGCCGCUCCCACAUCUCCAGCUCUGCCCAUGCCGCCUCCCGUUGCGCCUAUUCCACGAGCCGCUACUCCUGUGGACAGACGCGAAACUGCCACCCCCUUCAAUUUGGGCCGUGCCGACGACGAACGGGAACGACUCGAACAGCUCAACGAAGUCGCUCUCCGCCUCCACGACGCCGCUCUGGCUGCCCAAGAAGCCGAAGACCGUCGAGAACUCGAGUUCCGUCAACACGAAGAGGAUCGUGAUCGUAUCUUCUUGGAGCACGAGGAGAGGAGGAACGAGGAGGCUCGUGCGCGUGCGGAGGGUAUCUGGCGUGAGAUUGAUCAGAGGUUGGCUACGCUUCCUGCACCUCCUGUCGCCGCCAGUCCCAAGGCACCUGCCACGGCUGUUGCUGGUGGAGAUGGAGGGUCGCCUACACCACCGAAAUCGCCUACGCCUUCUGCAUCCAGCAGGUCCUCGAGGCCUGUCACCAUCCACGGAUUGCCCACUGAAGGUGAACAGCCACCACCCCCGGAGGAAGGUGCCGAGAGUACCCGUGAUGUGGAGCAGAUCAGCCUCGCGGCAAGCUCGAAACACAUCGCUGACAUCCUCGAGACUAUCCAACUCGAACGCGAAGAGUUUGCUAGGGAGCGAGCGGAGGAAGCAGCAGCACGCGAGAAGCUUAUCGCUGAUGCUCAAGUCGAGAGGGACAGGCUUCUUGAAGAGCGAGACAACCGAAUCCGAGCGCUUGAAGAGGAGUUGGCCAAGGUGAAGGAAGAGUUGGCGAACGAGCGAGAGUUCAAGGCUACGGAGGACGCUGCCAAUCGUGAGAGGGAGAAGGCUGAGAGGAUGGAGAGGGAUGAGGCAUUCCAGCAGCAGUUGGGUGAUAUCACUCAUUUGGUGCAGGAGCAGAGGGAUUUGAUUGAGCAGAAGAGGGAGUUGAUGGAGCAGAGGUAUCAGGACAAGCUGGCGAGGAGGCAGGCGAAGGACGUGGAGAUGGUUGAGUUGAGGGAUAUGGUGCAGAAGUUGACUGAGGAGGUCGUGGCUGAUAGGGACAGAGUUGACCAGUUUGUGGCGCAGACUGCUACGCGAACUGAUUUGGAGGGUGUUAUCGCCGAGUUGAGGCGGCAGACUGACGAGCAGAGGCAGGCUUUGGAGAUGUUCUCUGAGAGUUGGCGCGCGGAUUGUGCUCGUCACCAGGAAGAGACGAUCAAUGCUGUCAAGUCGACUGCUCAAGAACAAGUUCCGUACAACGUCGAAGGAUACUUGAACGAGUUCUCCAAGGCGUUGGCUACCGAAGUUCGCAUGUUGCUCGGCGAGGUUGGAAAGUUAAGAGAAGACAGGCGGGCGUUGCAACACGAAAUUGGAUUCCUCUUGACCAUGCGAUCCAAGUACGGCCCUGGCGGCGAGUUCGAUCCCAACUGGACACCACCUGCUGGCACAGGGCCUGGAGGAGGAGGACCCGGAGAUGGACCUCCGCCACCAGCACCUGACGUUCCUGAGCCACCUCCUGAAGCUCCGCCCGCUGCUCGACCUGGUUGGAGGCCCGUGAAGAAGAAGAAAAAGAAGGAGAAGGCGGCCGCUAUGCAGCAACAGCAACAGAUGCAUGGAAUGGAGGAGCAUGUGGGUCAUCAUCCUACUGGUGCGAGUGGAUUGCCGCGACGACCUGUUAUGGCUGUUAGUCCUCGAGCUCAGGUUAGCAGCUGGGCUGCUCCUUGGAUGCCGGAUCCGACGAUGCAACCGUCACCUGCGAGUGUGGAGGCUACGCUUCAAGUUCCUGCGCGUGGAAGUCCAGGGUUGUUUGGCCCCAAGUCUUCGGAUGGUGGUGAUUCGAUGUAUGCGAGGAUGUAG